CGUCAUAAUUUGUGUACCAGCAAAGCGGACAUUUUAGAAGUUUGAAGGUAAAGGAGAUUAGCUGACGACUUUCAUAUAAUAUUUUCGUCUCACAAAUUUGAGGUGUAGUUAUGCUGGUUUUAUAAUUUAAUUCAAGAACCGGGUCGACCUCGUUCUUUGAACUAGUAAAGAAGUUGAGUCCAAUAUUUUUGUAUCGUAUGCGGGCAAGAUCCUGCUGCUAGCCCGUCAUUUUGCAAGUGUGCGUUGUUUUUUAGCCCGUUAAAAGAGGGCCCUCUCAGCUCUCAGACGCCAAAUCUAGUUUUUUUCUUCAAAAUAGACGCAUGGCCCGUGAACGUAUAAAUUAUAACUUGUGUCUUUGUCAUUUUAUUAAGAUAGCUAGAUUAGAAGCGUUUUGGAAUAUUGCUAGGCCAACUGGCUUGCUAGCUAACAAUUGACAACCCCGCGUGCGCCAUCAGCUUUGUGAACGUGAAUUAGCCAGUAGCUAGCUAGUUUACGUUACUUGCUAAUCUAAUUUAGAGACCAUGGCAGAGUUGUACAUUCGCGUGGGAGAGGAUGAAAACGAAGAGCCAAUGGAGAUCCCAUCUGAGGAUGAUGGCACUGUUUUGCUGUCAACAGUAGCAGCCCAGUUUCCCGGAGCGUGCGGCCUACGUUACAGGAGCCCUGCGUCUCAGUGCAUGCGAGGCGUCCGUCUAGUUGAGGGCAUCUUGCAUGCACCUGAGAAUGACUGGGGUAGUCUGGUGUACGUCGUCAACUAUCCAAAAGAUAACAAAAGGAAGAUGGAUGAAAUGGAUGCCGCCUCUGCUGUAAAAAUGAAGAGAGGUAUUGAUAGAACAUCAGACCUCAUUAUCCUUGGGUUGCCAUGGAAAACAUCAGAGCAAGAUUUGAAAGACUACUUUGCCACUUUUGGAGAAGUCAUCAUGGUGCAGGUCAAAAGAGAUGUCAAGACUGGGAACUCAAAAGGGUUUGGCUUUGUUCGGUUCACUGAGUAUGAGACUCAAUCCAAAGUGAUUUCUCAGCGACACAUGAUUGAUGGAAGAUGGUGUGACUGCAAACUACCAAACUCUAAGGUAUUUAAUCAAUAUGCAGGGCCUGAUGAGCCCAUGCGCAACUGUAAAAUCUUUGUUGGCCGCUGCACAGAGGACAUUACCACUGAUGAGCUCCGGCAGUUCUUCAUGCAGUAUGGCGAGGUCACCGACGUCUUCAUUCCUAAACCCUUCCGGGCGUUUGCCUUUGUCACUUUCUCAGAUGACCAGGUUGCCUCAGCAUUGUGCGGAGAAGACCUGAUCAUCAAGGGUGUCAGCGUGCACAUCUCCAACGCCGAGCCUAAGCACAAUAAUAGUAGGCAAAUGAUGGAUCGUGGGGCUGGUGGGUUCGGGGGUCAGGGCUAUGGCGGUGGUCGUGGAGGGCUACCGAGCAGUGGCAGUAGCGGGGUGAAUUUUGGGGGCUUUAGCCUUAACCCAGCCAUGAUGGCUGCCGCUCUGCAAAGUAUGCUGGCUAACCAGCAGGGUCAGACCAAUGUGGCAGGCACUGCCAUUGCCGGGCAGACAAGUGCCACUGGAGAUCAAAGCCAAGUCUAUAGUUCUAGCAGCACCAGUUACAGCAACCCCAGCGCAGCUAGUCUUGGGUGGGCUGCAGGCACUAACUCUGCCUCUGGCAGUGGGUUCAGCUCUGGCUUUGGCACUAUGGAGUCAAAGUCAUCAGGUUGGGGAAUGUAGAGAGCUUUGAUUGAAAGUCUUAUUUCUAGAAUAAUCUGGUAAGUAUUUUGAGGGGCAAGAAAGAGUUAGUCAUAUCACAUGUCUCUGCUAUUUAAAACUAUUGCCUUUUUUGUCAUUUUGUUUUGUUAAGAAGACAUUAAUUGUGUGUGUGACUAAUUCUGUAGGAAAUGAGUGCGAGUGGUUGAAGUGUAUAGUUAGUGGUAAACUACUACACGUAGUUUUUUUUUUUUUUUUCUUGAGAAAAAGUUAUUUUGUAAAAGACAUCAGAUGACUGCAUGCUAAGUAGAUAUUUGAGUAUCACGACAGCCCCCCCCCCCCCCCCCAACCACGUGUAUAUGGAAUUGGAUUUGAUGUUUAAUCUCUGUAUGCAGUUGAUUGUAUCUUUGUUUACCAUUUUAUGGAAACGCCUUCAUGAAAAUCUCUUCAACAGUUAACCAACUGUUUUCGAAUUUCCCGGGAAGAAGCCCCUCGUUGGCAGCAAUGUUCGACCGAACUCAGUAUCGGUACCCCUCUUCCCAUGUGUAAAUGCUUUGCCAUCAAAAGACACAGCUUCACUCUGCAUAUACUGUGUUAGACGGUGGGUGUUGCCUUUUUUUCUCCCCUCUUCAUGGAUAUACAAAUCUUGUCUGCUUUUUGUAUCGCUUUUGAGAACAAUGCGAUUGGUGGUGGCCAAAGAGUGAGACUGAGUGAGCGAACGGUAAAGAAAGCAAGUGUGAAGAGGACUGGUUGUGCGAUGCUAAAGGGCCAGAUGUCUGCGAGAGUUAAGAAUAACCUGUGGCUUUGUGCGAGUGUGAAAGGAAGAAGCAAGUACGAGUGUGUUCCAUAUGACCAUCAAAAGGACAUUUAUCGCAUAUUGAGAUCCCCAAAGUCUCCUUUCUCUAAUAUUUCUAUCAAACUUAAUCUUAAAUACAGUGGAAUGUUUAGUGCUAUGGAUAUUUGUAUCCUUUCUUGCUGUCUGAUUUGAUGUGAAUGCUGUGUGCUUUAUUUUCUUCUUGUUCCUACCUACCCCUUUGUGUGAAAAUGUGACCUGUUGGUGAUUCUGUGUUGAGAGCACUGGGGGAGCUUGGAGGAGUGAUGUGCAAGUGAACUCGUGUGUCUUAAGAGGGUGCAGUGGCGAGCGUUUGACGAGUCCCUAUUGAAAGUUUGUUGAAGUGUUUUUGAAUGCAUUUUAUAUGUUUUGUGAAUCAAAGGGAAUUCUCAAAUAAAAUUUGACUAGGUAUUUUGCCUACCUUACAGUGACUUUUUAUUUUUACUUAACAUUAAUUGUACUGCCAACACUUUAAUUCGCAUGUAUAGGGACCUUGGACACGGCUGGCCCAGGUUUACAUCUGAACCCCAGAGUGAAGUCAAUUUUCGGGAAGCUGAAGACUGGAGUUUGCACUGUUGGUUGGGGGCUGCAGAAUGCCUUAUGCCUGGAAAGGGACUUCUUCACCUCACUAACAAGACCCCUUGGAUCACCCCACUGAAAUUUAUAACAGACCAUUCUCAAAUUGGGCAGAGGUAUUUAGUUUUAUACCUUCAAACAAGUACAUUUUAAAAGCAAAGCCAACAUUUAAUUUAUGUAACAAAUUACCUGCUAUUUAGUGACCAUGUUUUUGUUGAGUCUUUUAUUUUUUAAAGAAUGACCCGACUCUUUAAAUCUUACUUUUGAAAGAUUCCUUUUGUCAUUCAUUUAUGCUUUGUCCCAAUACAGCCAUCGGUUAUUGUAAAGAUUUAAGUUAAAGUAUUCCGUUGAUCUCUUUUUCAUGUGGUUCGAAAUGUACAAUUUUUUUGUUGGAUUUAUGGGACCUUCAAAUUACUUUAAGGCUGUAAAGGGGAGUGACUCCACUCAGUUUUUUACAGGGUUUUAGAUAUUUGGAAAAUUAUUGAACUCGCCAGCAGCAGGUUCAAUGAGUUAGCCAGCUAACUUGACUAUAUAUUUCACAAAUUUUUGGGCAUGUUCUAAUUGACUCAACAACCAAAAACAUAUGUUUAGCUUCUGGUUCUUUAUCAAAUUUAGCUGGCUAACUAAUUGAACCUACUUUGUAGUAUACCCCUCACGAAUUGUGUCACUUGUGUACAGAUAUGGAACUCUUAUUUUUAGUUCACUGAAGUGUAAAAUAAAGUUUUACAUUUGUAAUAA